UUUUUUAUGAAUGCUAAAAGUUUCUUUCUCUAGUCAUGUAAAUUUGUAAUAUGACUUUGAUGAGUUUUGGGUUUGGUAAACAAACUUAUAUUAAUCAAAAGAAGAAGGAAAAAUAAUUUUUUCCCUUCUUAGGAGGGUUUAAGCAAUUUGUGUCUAUUAGAUGAAUAUGGCUGGUUCACAGGUAUUCUAAUGUGUUAAAAAGUAGGAAAUCUCUCAUAUUCUUAUGAGAAUUGUGAUCCUAUAUUAGUGUUUUUGAAAAUUGUGAUCCAUUUUUGACAGCACUAUGAUUUUGUGUUAGUUCUUAUAUUAAAAACGGUAACAUAUAUAUUGAAAAGUUGAAACAGUAUUCCACUAAAACUGAAGCAAUUGGGGUUGAUCUUUGAGGGAGGCAUAUGUUUGGUAUUGGUGCCACAGUAACAAGUCUGUGUAAUGCUGAAUAAGUAGAGGGAAAGGGAGAGUGUUUCUUGUCCGCUGCAUCUUUGCUAUCUCAGUGGCAUGUUCUUUAAACCCAGCUUGUGGGGUUAUAUUGUACUAGUUGGUUCAAAACAUCAAGUUUCUUAUAUUUAUCUUGUUUUGAAGACCAGAAUGGCCAUCAGCAUAGUAGACCACGAAUUGCCAUACGACACCCACAAUCUCUACGAUGUAACAUUUUACAAUGAUCAAAUCCACACCCUAGUCACUCACAGCGCACCCAUGGUGGAAUCCUGGCUCUCUGAAAUCAUGCCCAUAAUCAAUGAAAACCCAAUUGUAGGCCUGGACGUGGAGUGGCGUCCUAAUUUUAACAGCAACAGCGACCACCCAAUUGCGACCUUGCAGCUUUGUGUGGACCAUCGUUGCCUCAUCUUCCAACUCAUCCACGCCCAGAACAUCCCACAAUCGCUCUUUGAUUUUCUUGCUAAUGGCAGUUACAAAUUUGUGGGUGCUGGGAUCCAGAAUGAUACAGAGAAGCUCCUUCUGGACUAUGACUUGAAGGUGACCAAUACUGUUAAUCUUGGGGCUUUGGCAGCGACUAAAUUGGGUAGGAGUGAGUUGAAGAAUGCUGGGUUGAAGGGCCUGUCUAAAGAGGUGCUUAGGAAGGAGCUCCAGAAGUCUAGGAAGGUGACAAUGAGUAGGUGGGAUAAUGAGUGGCUCACUUGUAAUCAGGUUCAGUAUGCUUGUAUUGAUGCUUUUAUUUCCUCUGAGAUUGGGAGGCAGUUAACUGCCAUGGCUUGAUUGCCAAUGAAUGGUUUCUGAGAUUUGGUCAGCAGGAAGUUUCAUCUCUAACCAGAUUUAGAAUAAUUCAUCGACUGGCCUUCUAUGUUUUCGAUUUUAGAGUUGUGGCAGCAUAAUUUUUUAGGAUUAUCAUGGUGGUGUUAUUAAACAAGCUUUGAUGUUAUGGAACACUUUUCCUGUUUAUCACAUGUUAUUGAGAGUGCUACUGCUAUCA